AUGGCUCCCACCAAGCUUCUCCUCACCGGUGCUACUGGAUACAUCGGCGGCACCGUUCUUACACAGCUUAUUAACUCGACUAUCCCAGAAAUCAAGCAAUUGUCCAUUUCUGUCCUGAUCAGAAACCCAGACCAAGCCGAGCUCUACAGCUCCAAAGGCAUUACUCCCGUCAUUUUCAGCGGUCUGGAAGAUGUAGAAUACCUGCGAAAAGUAGCGAGCGAGCACGAAAUUGUUCUCCAUACAGCAGACUCCACGAAUCCCACCGCUGCCGAAGCUCUGAUCCAGGGUCUUGCAGACAAACAAACAAGCAGCAAGAACAAAAAGUACUUCAUACACACCAGCGGAACAUCUAGUCUUGGUGAUCAACCUGUGUCUAAGCAAUUGAUCGAAACCCGAGAAUUUUCCGAUAAGAAUGAUGAUAUAUAUAGCUACAUGAAACAGCGCGAGGCCGUUAAAUCAUAUGCUCAACGCGCCACUGAUAUCAAGACCGUCGAAAUUGGAGAGAAGACCUCAACCGUAAACACUAUCAUCGUCAAGGCACCUAUCAUCUAUGGCAGGGGGACGGGAUUCUUCAACCAGAAAUCCUUCCACAUUCCGGUUCUCAUCAAAGGCGCGCUUGCGGCCGGUCACGCUCAGUAUGUGGGCGACGGCGCUGGUGUCUGGGAUUAUGUCCAUGUUGUUGACCUGGCUAAGCUUUUCGAGCUUCUCGUUGCCAAAAUUCUGAAAGGCGAGACCGAUAUAUUAGUAUUUGGAAAGAGAGGAAUAUAUUUUGCCAACACUCUGAGGCAUUCCUGGAAGGAGUUGGCGGAGGGCAUUGCCAAAUCCUGCUACGAAGCUGGCCGGUUUGUAUCACCAAAGACGCAAUCGCUCACCCUGAAGGAAGCGGCCAUUAUGUAUACCGGAGGAGACGAGUACAUUGCGGAAGUUGGACUGGCGUCCAACUCUCUUACAAAUGCUGACCUGUCGCGCGAAAUUGGUUGGGCACCGAAGAUGAUGGAGGCUGACUUUCAGCAGAGUCUUGCGGAUGACUUGAAUCUUGUAUUGAGCUCAGCGUAG